AUGAGUGCGUGUGAGCGAGCCUUUCUGUGUCUUUUCCUGCUCAGUGUGAGCCAGACUCUACCGGGUGUAUCAGGAGGGAAGAUCCUAGUCUGGCCUGCAGAUUUUAGCCACUGGAUCAAUAUCAAAGCCAUCAUAGAUGAGCUCAUAGCAAGAGGACACAAUGUGACUGUGGUCACCCACAGUGCUACACCAUCUGUAAAGACAGCUCAGUCUCCAGGCUAUAAUGUUGAUAUCAUAGAGGUACCAUACACCAAACAGGAUGUUAUUGAUCAUAAAGAUGUAAUGUACAGGUACUUGAUGAAUGAAAUACCAAAUGACAACAUGAUUCAGGUCUUUCUGAAGACAAAGGAGGUCAUUGACACAUUCACAAGGUUGCAUCAGAUCAUGUGCAGAGUUUUUGCACGUGAAGAUCUGCUGGAGAAGUGGAAGGAGUUUGAUGUUGUGCUGACAGACCCCAUUUAUACGUGCAGGGCACUUCUACCUGUGAAACUCAAUCUGCCAUUUGUCAUCAGCCUUAGGUUCAGUUUUGGAAAUACCUUAGAGCGACUUUGUGGACAGCUACCAACACCUGCCUCUUAUGUCCCAGGAGUCAGCCUGGGCUUCCCGGCAAAGAUGGAUUUCCCACAAAGAGUGAAAAACCUACUCUUUAUUAUCUUUCAGGAUCUUCUGAUGAAAUAUCUGACUUCAGUAAAAUGGGACAAUUUUCAUACACAGGUCAUGGGUAAGUUGAGAAGCCAGUAG